CGUCCGCGGCGGCUUGAUCCUCAGCAUCUUCCUCAGCAUCCUCCUCAUCCUCAGCAUCCUCAGCAUCAGCACCCGCCGGUGCAGGCGCGUCCAGGGCUCCGGGCUCCGUCUCCAGGAAAGUUUGGACCGAGGACGCAGAGAGACGCGCUCAGACCCAGAGCGAUGGCGGCCGCGGCGCGGAGCUGGUACCUGCUGCUCUCCGUGAGCACCUGCGUGUCUCUGGUUCUGGGAGGAACCGGCUGCAGGGACGACUGCGCUCGCUGCGUUUACCGCCUGCAGGAGCAGCCGGCCGCCUCGCCUCUGGCCUGCUCCCUGGAGUGUGACGGCGAGCUGGACGGACAGGGACUCCGCCGCUGCCAGGACUUCCUGUUUGAGGAGGAGAACCGGACGCCUGUGGACGCCGAUGGCCGUCCGGAGCAGGAACUGGGAGCGGCGAUGCUCGGCGACGACCCGCCGACGACACCCGAGCACCUGCUGGCCAAGAAAUACAGUGGCUUCCCGAAACGCUACGGCGGCUUCAUGUCCCGCCGCUCCUCCUCUCUGGAGGGGAACCCCGGCGACCCGGGAGACCGGGACCAGGAGGAAAACAUCCGCCAGGAGGUCCUGAAGAUCCUGGGUGCGGCGAGCGAGGGGGGAGGCCCGGCGGGGGGGGUGGUGAAGCGGUACGGGGGCUUCAUGCGUCGCACCGACGGGGAGGCGGCUCCGGGCCAGCUCCUGGAGGCGGUGCUGGGGCGGGGCCUCAGGAAGCGCUACGGCGGGUUCAUGAGGCGCGUGGGGAGGCCGGAGUGGCUGGUGGACGGCAGGAACGGAGGCGCCCUGAAGAGGUCUUGGGAGAACGGCAGCGAGCUGCAGAAGAGGUACGGAGGGUUCAUGGACUAGGAGGCCUCACAGGUCCUGCCGUCCUGCCAACUUCCUGUCUGGACUCGUCUUCGUUUGAGUAAACUUCCUGUCACCCGUGAUAGUUCCACUCCAUCGCCUGGUUUUGUAAAUGUGCUUGUGACGACUUCUUCGGUUCAAACUGUCCUGGAAUGAUGAAAAAAGAUAAAGUAUCUUCUGGUCUUUAUGGCUUUCAUGAUGAUGUUAUUUAUUAAAAGAAUCUGUUCA